AACAGUUAGCAAGAGCGAGACAGGCACGCAGUGAUUCUCAGACGCAAACAAUAAAACAUAAACGCAUAUUGUUGUUGUCGUCACACUUAUUUCAACUCCGAGUAUUCUGUGCGUCGUUGUAGAGUUGCUACAAACUCUCCCACGGGCGGACGCCAUGUAUGCGCGAGUAUUGCGCAAAUGGAGUCUAAACACGAAACUGCAAAUGUCCAUCGUCAUGUGGCGGCUACUGCUGCUCACCCUGCUGCUGCUCUGUCUGUGCGCAUCGCCGGCCACAUGCAACACAACCAACACCAACAGCAACACCACCACCCUCAUGCAUGUGAGUCGGAGUGUCAGAGCGCCUGCGUAUGCGUUUGCCACUGCGUCUGCGUCGGCAAUAACUGCCAAUGUACCAGCAACAGUCACGGCAACGAACAGAGCAGCCGCUGCAGCAGCACGACAAUCAGUAUCACUGCCCCACAGCCUCACAGCACCAGCAGCGGAAACUGUUGGCGACAUCAUAGAAGAAAGUUAUUACAUACCCGUCGAUGGCGACGACGUAGAUAGCAACAUUUACGAUAGUCGUCUAGUGCAGGCUCUAGACGUUGGCAAUGUGCUAAUGGGCAGAAGAAGCGCGGGGGCGGAGGGAAAUAUGGGCAGCAGUAAGAAAAGGUUGCACAGUAGCAAUAGUUAUAGGAGUGGAGGCAGUGGCAGUGGCAGCAGCAGUAGAAUAUUUAGCAGUAGUAGUGUAGUGAGCAACAGUGACAGCAGUAAAAGUAGAAAACAACAACAACAACAGCAACAGCAACAACAUGAAAAAGAGCAGCUAAGCCAGCAAGCAUCUGGCACCUAUGCAGACAACCUGGCGUAUGCGCAUUAUCGCCGCGCAGUGCCGGCAACCUUCAAUUCCUCCAGUUCUAUGCAAUCAGCCACAGAAACAACGACAACAGCAACAACAGCGCUGUUAGCAGUAGCGCCACAAACAGUAUUUAGUCCCCAGUUCAGUGUGCAACAUGUUGCUAAUGAUGAAAAUGUUGCCGCCGAUGAUGAUGACGUUGAUGAUGUUGAUGGUGAUGAUAAUGACGAAGAGGAAGUGGCGGAGGUGGCAAAGGCGAUGGCAGAUGAGGAGGAUGAAGAGUUGGCCCUGGAUGUGGAUAAUGAGGACGAUGGCGAUGCCGAUAUGGAAGAUGGCGACGUUAAUGAGCAUGCGUCGAAUGAUGAUGAUGCCGCCGAUGAGGGGCGGCAACAACAAAAAGUUCCAAAUAAAAAAAAUAGUCACAUAACUAAUCUAUUUAAAGCGUAUAAGCUUAACAACAAUAAUCCUUACAGCCGCAAGUGGAAUAUGAACAUGCCACAUCUACAACCACAACCACUGCAACAACAACUACAACAAAAUACAGCAGUGAACCCCCAUAGCCAUGGUGCGCAGCAAUAUGAAUCUGGCAGGCGCAGCUCCAAAGCACGGCGCCAUGUCACUGCCGAGCAGCGUCAGCAUUGGCUUUCGCAGCAGCAACAACAACAAAAACAGGACACAGAACCUUUGCUAGCGCCUGGUGUUGCUCAUACAGUGCCACACUCGUCUACCAGCACGCAAAUACCCAUCAUGCAAUACCCCACCAAGAAAGUGUUUCAAUUGGUCAACGGCAAGAAUUUGACGCGCAUUGUACACCUCUGGCCGGCCACACACUACCGCAUAGCGGCUUAUGAAAUACCCUCCUCGCUGCCCAAUCGUGGUGGACUGACAGAGCAACAACGGCGCAUGCUGCAACAUCAGCGCGAACAGCAGCAGCUACAGCUGCAGCAAGACCAAGCGGCGCGCUCACGUCGUGACUCACACAUCUUUGGCUCAUCGCAGGGUGUAGAUGGCAAAUUUAGCAGUGGCUUCUACAGUGGAUCUACAUUGGGCCAACAAACGAAUUCACAGCAACAUUUUCAACGCCUGCAGCAGAGCAACAGCGCCAGCAGCAGCAGUUGGCAGCAAAUCAGUGGCAACAUUUUCCAACGCCAGCAGCCGUUUCAGCAACAACACACGCAUAAGCAUCAACACAAUAAUGGCGACAGCAACAACUACUAUCGCAAUCAUAAUCGCAACAACAGCAAUAACAACAACAACAGGAAACACAAUCAACGCCAACGCGCACACAAACGAUCGCGUCGCUAUUGUUCGGCGCGCGAUCCGGCCCAACUGGCAUUCGAGGCGCCCAUCGUAUUCGAGGGCAAAAUAACUUCAAUGUCACCCGAUCGCCGACACAAUUUCGCCGCCACAGUGCAAGUGUUGAACGCAUACAAGCAGCAAAUUGGCUAUCAGGUGAAGCGCGAACAAUUUGUACGUCUGCAAUUCGCCUACAUCAACAGCAGCGGCGAGUGUGACAUCUAUCGCGAACAACUGCGGCCACGCGGUUUGGUGCCCGGCGAAGAGUUGGAGCUGCAACGCACCUAUCUUUUCUUUGUGCAGCAAGUCGAUUUGCGCAACUUCACCAUUCUUGGCCAGCCGAUAAGGAGGACGCGGCGCGUUGUCGAAGCAGUCAAGGAUGCGGUGAGCGAAAAUUAUGCCGAAAAUGGAAGUCAGACUGCUGAAGUUUUGAAUGGCGUUUAUGGUGCCGAUGCUGUAACAGCUAGUUACGUGGAAUUUCGGUGCCGGCGAUUCCGUUCAGGCGUGUUCGGUGCUAAAGAAAAUGUCGAGAAUGCUGAAAGUGUUGAAAAUGACGAAAGUGUCGAUAAAAUCACAGAAUAA